AUGGACGAGAAGGAGAUAGGCGCGCUGCCGCCGGCAAUCGUUUCGGAAUCCGAUUCGGUUGAGCGGCCUUCAAGUCCAGAAAAUGAUCCGCCAGUCAUCGCCUCCACAGAAGUCCCAGAUGGCGGCCGCGAAGCCUGGUUGGUGGUAGCUGGGUCGAUGAUUGCGUUAUUCCAAACUUGGGGUAUAGUCAACACCUUUGGUGUGUUCCAGACGUAUUACGAAACGGAGCUGCUCCGCACAAGUUCCUCCUCAGAUAUCUCCUGGAUCGGAUCACUCCAGGCUGCGCUUCUGAUGAUGGGCGGUGUCUUUGCUGGUCCUCUUUAUGACGCAGGCUACUUUCGUCACAUGCUUAUUGCAGGGAACUUUCUCGUCAUUUUUGGCAUGUUCAUGACAAGUCUUUGCACACAAUAUUGGCAGGUUCUGCUUGCACAAGGAGUUUGUGUUGGUCUCGGAUGCUCCAUUAUGUUCUUGCCUAGCGCCGCGGUGGUCUCGCAGUGGUUUGCCAAACGACGAGCAAUUGCAUUGGGAGUGCAAUCAGCGGGUAGCCCGAUCGCUGGUAUUAUCCUACCAAUCGUUUUCGGUCGGCUACAGCCGCAGAUUGGGUUUGGUUGGGCCACGAGAGUGAUUGCUUUCAUCAUGCUGGCACUCGGUGUUAUCCCGAUCAUGUUCAUGAAGACGAGAGUUCCCCCGGCCACACGGAAGCGUGCCUUCUUGGAUACUUCCGCUUUCAAAGAUAUCCCAUUCCUGGUUUUUAGCAGUGCGGCCUUCUUCGCCUUCGCUGGCCUGUACGUUCCAUUCUUCUACGUGCAGCUCUAUAGUAUCGAGUACGGCAUCUCUACAGUCGAGUUCUCGCCAUACCUCGUAACGAUUCUAAACGCCGGAAGCGUGGUCGGUCGCCUGUUGCCGAAUUACCUCGCCGACCAGUUUGGCUCUAUCAACAUAUUGCUACUUGUAGAAUUCGCCGCGGCGGUACUUGCUUUCGCUUGGCUCGGCAUCAGAAAUUUUCCUGGCCUCAUCAUGUUUUGCAUUUUGUAUGGUGCAUUCAGUGGUGGUGUCGUUAGUGUUCAGCCAAGUGCUAUCGUACAUUUUUGUCCGGACAUGGCCCGCUUGGGAACGAGGAUGGGCAUGUCAUUCUUCUUCUCGGGCGUUUCGGUACUGAUUGGUCCCCCAAUCGGUGGUGCUAUACUGGCCAGGGGAGGGGAUGGAGCUUGGAAGGGAAUCAUCGCGUAUUCAGGCGCAAUGCUCAUGACAGCUGCUGUUCUGUUAUCCUUGUCCCUAUACCUGCAUCGCAGAAGAGCCCGAGACGUUGAGAACGCAUGA